UUUGUUGUGUAACCCACGCAUUUGAGCAAGAUUUUUUUUUUUUUACUAUUUUUGUGACUUAUGCAAUUUUACAUAGACAAAAUUGCCAAUAUUGAAGAUUUCAUAAAAACAACAACAAAUUGAUAAACACCAACAAUAGCAGCUUGCAAGUGGUUUCGGGUGCGUGCAAAAUCUUAUAAAGCUACAAACUUACACACAACUAAUUGAACAGCUGCUCAAAUAAAGUGAUUUAAGCUUGAAGUAUUUCUCGCAAAACUGUGCUUAUGUGUGAGUGUAUAUGUGGAAAUACGCGUAUUUUACUAAUUGCGACAAAUUUUGUGUAAAACGUGAAGCUUGUGGCAAAAUAAGAAGCGAGUGAAAAAAUUGUUGCUUUAAUAAAUGCAAUUAUAUAAUAUGGAUUGUACUGGCCGUCGUUCGAAUCAAAGUGAACGUGAUCCAGAUUUAGGCGAAGAUUUGUCUCGUGACGUCGCAUCCGAUGAUGAUAUACGCGAUUGCGAUUCUAUCGAUGCCGAUCAUCAUGUAAUCCGUGCAACACGCCUGAAUGUCGCAACAUUGAAACGCCAACAUAGCAGCAACAGCAACAACAAAAACAGAAAUAUUCAUAGCAAUAAUCAUAAUAGCAAUAACAACAACAACAGCAACAAUACAUUUGUUGGUGAUAUGAGUUUUGGUGGCAACGCCGGCAGUGUCAGUCUUGGUGUUGGCAGUGGUAUGGGGGUGCGCAGUCCCGAUCAUCACGCUGAUCUUCAAAUGAGUCAUCAUCACCAGUUCCCCACAAAUCAUCCGCUAAAUGCGCUCAGCAAUUUCAUGGGCAUCGGCGGUCUACAUGGCAUUCCAAAUCUACCACACAACGAUGUCCUGGAGAAGUUAAAGAUGCAAGUUCGUGAUUUCAAGGAACAAGAUUACGCGGCUGCUGCGCAUGCGGCUGCCUUUGGGCAAAACCUAUUACCCACCAGCUUAAAUCCCGCAUUCUCACUGCCGCCCACGUCGAUAGCACAGUUCGAGCAUCGUGCACAGAGCCUGGCCGCACAAGCGGGUGGCGGUGGCAGUGGUAUUGGUGGCAGCAUUGGCGUUGCCAAUGGCAAUUCACAGAAUUCACAACACACUGGUGGCAAUAAUGUGGGCGUGAGUGGAGCGUCGUGUCUGACGAAUGGUGGCAACGGUUUGCUUGGUGGUGCUAACGGUAGCGGCGGCGGCGGCCCGGGUAUGGGCAGUGGUGUUGGUGGCGUUGGUGGUGGUGGUGUUGGCGGCGCGAGUAGCGGUAAUGGCGGCUUCUCAUUCACCUCACCAACGGCGCCGAGCUCGAAGGACGUUAACCCCGCCUCAAAUUCUUCCACAUCCAGCGAAGCUUCCAGUUCUUCACAGCAAAAUAAUGCCUGGAGCUUCGAAGAGCAAUACAAGCAAGUUCGACAGCUUUACGAGAUCAACGAUGAUCCGAAAAGAAAAGAAUUUCUGGAUGACUUAUUUUCAUUCAUGCAAAAGAGAGGCACACCCAUCAAUCGUUUACCGAUAAUGGCGAAAUCCGUUUUGGACUUAUAUGAGCUAUAUAAUUUGGUUAUAGCGCGUGGCGGUCUUGUUGAUGUCAUCAACAAAAAAUUGUGGCAGGAAAUCAUUAAGGGUCUACAUUUGCCCUCAAGCAUAACAAGUGCCGCAUUCACAUUGAGAACACAAUACAUGAAAUAUCUUUACCCCUACGAAUGCGAUAAGAAGAAUCUGAGUACACCUGCUGAGCUGCAGGCGGCCAUUGACGGCAAUCGGCGCGAGGGUCGUCGCUCCAGCUAUGGCCAAUACGAGGCAAUGCAUGCUCAAUUGCAAAUGCCACAAAUUGGACGUCCACAGUUGCCCGGCGGCAUACAACAAAUGUCGCCAUUGGCGCUGGUCACACACGCCGCCAACAAUCAGCAAGUGCAAGCUGCGGCUGCAGCCGCCGCCGCACACCACAGACUGAUGGCGCCCUCCUUCGGUCAAAUGGGUCAAAUGCCGAACUUGGUGACGCACGAAUUGGAGCAGCGCAUGGUGGAAUAUAUUAAAUUGAUGCAGGUGAAGAAGGAGCAACAUAGCAACGCUGCUGCUGCGGCGGCGGUGGCGGCGGCAGCAGCGGCCGCUGGAGGCAAUGUGGCUGGUGUUGUGGGUGGCGAUGCUGCGGCUUUGGCGCGUCUUGGUGCGCCUGGCAGUAGCAAUGGUGCGCACGUCAAACAACAACAGCGUCAACGUUCAGCCAGCCCAGAGGCCGCCGCUCAUGAGGCGAUGAACGCUUUGGACAUUUCACGCGUCGCGCUUUGGCAAAUGUAUCACAACAACACCAGCCCGCCAGUGUCGAUGAACGCCUCACCACAGGGAAGUGGAGCGGGGAUUAUCGCCGGAGUAAACGCAAUGGGCGUGCCAAGCUUAAACGAGCAAAACAGUGAGGCUCUCAACCUUUCCGACUCACCGCCUAACAUUAACAACAUCAAACGCGAGCGUGAACACGAACAAUCGCCCGAACCGUGUGAUCGCGACGAUUUCCAUAAUCAAUCGCCGCCGGUGAAACGUAGCGCACUCAAUUUUCCAGCUGGUUUCUAUCUACCGUCGAGUAUGGCCGCAGCAGCCGCCGCGGCUGCCGCCAAUUUCCAUCAACAAAACAACAACAGCAACAAUCAUCUGCCACAAGACUCCGAUGGUGAGGACGGUGAGGAUGGCGAUGAUGACGCCGAUACGCACAACACCACCAACAACUCAAUGGCACAAGACGUAGAAUCCAAUCGCCCCGCGUUAAAUGGUCACCAUCAUCAGCAUCUGCAUCAUCAUCUGCAGCAACUUCACCACUUGCCACACAACCUACAAAUGCCGCAUCAUCAACAUCUCGUCAAGAACGCCAGCGGCAAUCAAGACAAGUCUGACGAUUCAGCCCUUGAAAAUUCGCCCUCGACUAGUGCGGCCUCGACCGGUGGCGUUGGUGCUGACAGCAGCAAUGGCAACAAUGCUUGUGGUGACAAUGCUAGCGGUCACAUUUCACCGGUAUCCACAAAGAAGAAACACCUGCCGAACCAGCAAAACAAUGGUGGCUCAACGGCCAUGGAUUGUAGCAGUAGUGGCGCCGGUCGUGCCCAAUCGAAUAGCCCCAGUUUAGGUGGCGUCGAAGAUGCGUUGAAUCUGUUGUCGGGCAUGCAAUUCCGUGUGUCACGUAACGGCACCAACGCUAACGGCGAACAACAGCUGGUCGUUAAUCUCGAACUGAAUGGCGUCAACUACUCGGGUGUGCUCAUUGCCAAUACCGCUAACAAUUCCAAUGACGCAUCACCCUCAAGGGCAGACCCUAAGCAAAAGGCAAACGAAGACAAUGAAAACAACGAAUUGGUGGAUGCGACUGCAGAGGAAGCCAAAAAUGUGAGCGGCAGCGGUACCAGCGGCGCCGAUGGUGACAUCGAAGAUGAAGACAUGGCCGAUUUAGCCAGCACAACAAGCAACGACGAAGCUACACCCAGAAACAUGAGCAAAAAUGAAGGCAACGGUUUGUCAGUCAUCACCAAUAAGAAUGCGCUAAAUGAGAGUAACGUAAAUGAUGCCGUUAUGUCGGCGUCUUAGAUAAAAAAUAAGUGUAUAGGCUUUGGCAAGUUUUUGCUAAGGAGAGAAUUGAGUAGAAACAGAAACAGAAAAGAAAACUGAAACAGCAUUGGAAACAGAAACAGGUUUAGAAUCUGAAACUGAAGCAGAAACAUAUCUAAAGGGAACUGUUUAUGUCUGCUUGUAGCGCUGCAGUGCACACCACCGAGCAGCUGCCAAGCAAAAUGAAUUCCAAAACAUCCACUAAACGCGCUUCGCUUGACAGCUAGAGGCGAAGUGCCAGCUAAACGUGGAUAACUACAAAACAAUAAAAUUAAACUAGACGAAUAAGUUGAAUGUUUAGGCUAAGAUUUAGAAAAUUAUAAAGACGCAUAUAAUAAUUGUAAUUAUAGUAUUGCGCAAGUGAGUGAUGAGUUCGUUAUAAGCUAAUAGUGCCGAAAUAUAUUAGUGCUGUUGAUGUAGGUGCUGCAGCACCAAUUCCUAGAAACCCUAAAGUUAGAAUAAGAACACCAAGCCGUAUCUUUGUAA